AUGUCUACAGACUUACCCACAGCUACACUCACUGUGCAACCAGAGACCACUAUGUACACUGGAGAGACAGUCACUCUGAAGUGUGAGAUAAAGACUGAAAGUGGAUGGAGAUAUAAGUGGUAUAAAGGCAGUUCUCACAUUAGAUUGUCUACAUCUGUACAUCACACUGUAAAUGGAGACACACUGACCAUCAGAGGAGCUGUUGAAUCUGAUGAGGAUCAGUACAGGUGUGAGGGAGAGAGAGACAACAGACCCACAUCCUCACAGCUAAGCAGUCCUGUCACUCUCACUGUUAGAGGGAGUCCAAAAGCUGUUGUGAUCCUACAGCCUGAUAAACAGACAUUCAGAGGAGAAACUGUCACUCUCAGAUGUCAAAUACAGGGAGAGAGAGACAGUGACUGGGAAUACAGCUGGUAUAAGAAGAGUUCUUCACUCAGUCCUGUCGGUAAAGAUCAGGAAUACAGAAUCAGUCCUGUUUCUGAGUCCCACAGUGGUGAAUACACCUGUAGAGGAAAACACAGAAGAGACUCACAGAACUCAGAGAUGAGUGAUGCUGUAACACUGACUGUGUCAUCAGGUCUGUCUCCUCCAGCCUCUCUGAUCAUCAGUUCCAACAAAACUCAACACUUUACAUCUGAUUCUCUCUCACUGAGCUGUGAGGUACAGAGUAACUCUACUGGAUGGACAGUGAGACGAUACACAGAUAAUGGAGAGGUGUCAAGCUGUUCAUCAGACUGGGGAUCAGUAACAGGAUCUACAUGUAGCAUCAGCUCCCUCCAGUCAUCAGACAGUGGAGUGUACUGGUGUCAGUCUGACUCUGGAGGGAACAGUAAUCCUCUCAACAUUACAGUGACAUAUGGUGAUGUGAUCCUGGAGAGUCCUGUCCAUCCUGUAACUGAGGGAGACACUUUGACUCUGCACUGUAGAUAUCGAUAUGACCCCUCAGACCUCAGAGCUGAUUUCUAUAAAGAUGGAUCAGUCCUCCAGAAUCAGACUACAGGAGAGAUGACCAUCCCUACUGUCUCAAAGUCAGAUGAGGGUCUCUAUUGGUGUAAACACCCAGAGAGAGGAGAGUCACCAAAGAGCUGGAUCACUCAGCAGUCAGAUGUCAAACCAAGAUCAGAACCAGACAGGAGGAGGAGUGGAGACUCAGGCAGGAAAUAG